AUGAGCACAUCUCGAGCCGACUCUCAGCAACCUCAGUAUGGUCGAAGACGGUCCAAUACAGCUCAAUCAAUUCUAAGGCCUCCGCCUUUACCGACGCUUCCUCUCAAAUAUGGCGAUUUUACAAUAUUGAACGCUUGGGUUCAUGACUCGGACACCAAGGAAUCGCCUGCUGUGAUCUUGAACUCUAUGUAUUGGCCUGGAGUAGCUGAAGGAGAUUUGCUUAGUGUAUCAGCGGGUAUAGAGACGUUAGCCGGGGCUUUCAUAUUUGUGGUGUCAAAGGAGGAUCCUAAUCUAAAGCCUCAGCUCCAGAUAUCCGUACCUAAAGCAAUAGCUGAAGCGUUCGGCAUAAGGAACAAUAGCGAAGUUACAGUGACAAAGGUUGACAAGCAUAAAUAUGCCGCAGAGUAUGUGGAACUUUCGUUUCAGGAUCAGUAUCUCGGAAGGAACGAUAUGUGGAGAAUGGGAAAGUACCUGGUGGAUCAAUGUAUAUAUGCAGAGCAGGAGGUUUCGUUUAUUGGUUCCAUUGCUGCAAAAAUUAAAGACAUAUAUAUUAAAGACCAAAAGGUUCCCGCAGCACUUAUGACCUCUCACACCAAAAUCGUCUACCGUUCCUUAUCUGCCAAAGUCACUAUUUUUAUUCAAGUAUGUCGCGAGCUUUGGGAAUUUGCUGGUGACGGCGAACGUUACAACGAAAAAGUCGUACAUUCCUUCCUUCCUGCACUUUUUGCCAAAUGGAAAGAAGCCGGCACAAAUCAUACAGUAACGAUUGUGCUUAUUUCUCGUGUAUAUUACGAUUCAAACGAGAUCGAAUACGCCGCGGGCCCUUUGCGUCGCGACGAACGUGGAGACUGGUAUAAAGACUUUUAUAAGGUCAUCACGGAUCUCGAGGUGAUUCACGAAUGGAAACCUACACUUGUCAGUUUGAAAAACUCGUUCUGGGACUUCCAAAGAGACAUUUUACUUACCCAUCAUUAUCAUCGCGCGUCUCUGGACUCUUCGGCUGGAGGUGAAUCAGAGCAAGUACGCCUGGUCGGACGGCUAUCGUAUGCUCAUGAUGGGCCUAUACUAGAAGCUCUAAAUCUCAACCUUUACCCCAGCGAGACGCACUAUAUCGAUCGAUCGUUGGUUCUUACGGGGACGACGACUAUUCUCAUAACUCCAGGAACUGGAUACUUCCGUGUGUCGAAACAAUUGUUACGUUUGACCACGAAUCGCAUGUUGGAUCAGGGGUUCGGACUAGAUCUUGUCUCCCUCACCAAGACCCCUUUGCAUCAGAGUCCGAUUUUUAGCUUUCAAGGGAGCGAACCUGAAAUUCGGAUGGAGAAAGACAACGGCUACGGUGUCCGUGCAAUGGAUCCACUGUGGGGAGGCGACGACGAACCAAGCGGAGAAAAGACAACUUUCUGGUGGGAGCCGUUCUGGGUUUCUAUGUCCUUUUGGGAUGAGCAAGUGGACCUCCCGUUUAGGCAAGAUAGGCACGUUUCCAUUCAUUUCAGGGCAUCAAAUAAUCGUCUGAAUUAUUUUCCUAGGUUUGUUGCACGAGCGAAAAUGCAUGAAAUUCAAAUGCUGGGUCUCCUUGAACACGAUGUGCUUGCAACAAUUGAUGUUCCAUUUUUGAACGACCGUCAAUCACCAGCAAUACAACCGACUGUCCUUCCGACUAAGGCAGAAGCAGACGCAUUCGACCUGGACAUCUUUGCGUUGAAAGCUGAAUCCAAAUCCUUGGCGGCUGCCAAGCGUCCUCCUGUCGAUACAGACAAGAAUGCGCUUGACAACAGCAGUACACGAGUUUCUCAACGGAGUUCCACCAUGACACAAAUAAAUACCAUCGAAGAGAGUCCUGUACGGACGUCUCACUUACUUCCUGACGUUGACAAUGCUCUCAUUGCGUCUCCUUCUGUUUUGAAGGUUCCACUUACAUCUUCCCCUCGUUCCACGUCGAGCCGUCGUUCUAUUCGAUCAUCAACUUCGUCAAUGCGCCGUAUCCGGGUCGAAGAUAGCAGUCCCUCGCGCAGCACUCUGACGUCCAAACUCACCCCAUCUUGGAUAUUCAAACCAUUUAGGAGUGGUCCCGUUGAACCACAGAUCACCACAGAAUCAGCUUCAGCGUCUGUGGCUAACCUGAGCAGCUCCGCAUCUUCAUCUUCCACAGCUGCCUUGAGUGCCUCUGUUUCAUCACGUGCUACAAACCCUUCAUUAUUCGCUUCUCCAUCUAAAAUCUCCAUAGCUCAAGCAAGCAUAGCUCAAGCAUCAACAGGUAGCUCGUCUGCCAUUGCGACACCGAUGGCUAUCAAACGCACAAUCUCUCGAGGUGGUACCUCCAGAGUCCUUGACGAUGAGACAAUCUUGAAUGCCACUCGUAAUGGCCUUUGGCGACGAUCACCCUUGAACACUCCCCCUCGCGAAGAACAAACCUUUGGUGGUAAGCGGCGCAGUGUAAUAGGCUCGCUGACAGGUCCAUUUUCCUCAUCUUCCUCAUCUUCGCCGAGCUCCCGUCCAAAUCCAUCACAGCCACAAACCACGUUAUCUUACUCGCAAGCAUCUUUAGCUGCACGAUGGCAGCAUACAUUUCCUGUACCUCCCUCCAAGCACGACAUCAAAUGGGGUUCCAUCGUCACACCCUUUUGCCUCCCUUUGACUGUAGAAUACUUCCCAUCUUCGGCAGAGUUAGAAACGUCUUACGAUGUAUUCUCGUAUGACUUUGUUGUUGACCCUCCGGAAAUGCGCUCGUUCUUAGUGCUUCUCCCGAGUGAUAAGAAGGGUUCUUCAGAAGGACAGCGAAGGGCAUGGGCAUUAGUGGUCAUGCGUGGUAUGGCUGCUGUAAGAUUAGCACAGGGUUUUCAGUUUGUCAUUCAGCCGCCUAAGAGCGGAUCAAGCAAGGCAGCUGCGAUUAUCCCUUUUCGGCGUACACAGUCCUUCCUGAACGCAGACGAGGAGAUGUCCCCGAAACCUAUGGGUGCCGCCGAAGUGCUCCAGAACACGAAUGAUCCUGUAUAUCUAAGCAUGAGUAAUGAGAUUCAUCGCAUUUCUUAUACGGGUGAAGCAAUACAGGUUCGAAGGUAUGUGCGGCGUAUGCCUUCAACACAGCCUUUUGAUUACCAAUGCCUCAUUUGGCCAAAACUCGGAGUGGGUUAUACAGAACACAAGACGACAUUCACACCUCAUGGACUUGAGAACUACGGAUGGAACAGGCUGGAUAUGCUAGUUGCAGGAUAUGAGCAUCAAUUCAACGAAUCUCUUCGGUAUUGGCGAACGCGGUUCAUCAUCAUACCUACAUCAGAGCCUCCGACGUUGAAGACAGGACCUUCUGGAGAGACAUUGAAUGACGAAGAAGCUCGUAUCCUCGGUAUUGAUAAACUUGCCGAGUCUUUCACAAAACUCCGUUGGCAGUCUCCGGAAGAAAAAGAAAAGGGAGGAUCCUCACAUCCCCCGAUUCGAUUCUUGCCCACAACUCUGAGUCCAGCCAUGUCAGUUCUUGACGAUGCUCUCAUGGAUCAACUAGAUUCAAUACAUGCCGCUGGCCCGCUGAGAAAGAAAAUGAAAAGCGAGCGGGAAAUCGCUGAUAUGACAUUGACUGCAAUCGCUAAGGCCAUGCGAGAAGAGGACGGUGUACCGAUAAAACACAACCAAUGGCAUAAGUCUCACUAUCCCGACUCAUUUACUGGAUUUGACUUCGUGUCGUGGCUUGUUCGAGAGUUUAGGGAUGUCUCUUCCCGCGCACAAGGCGCGGAAUGGGGGUCAAAAUUGCAAGAACAGGGGCUUUUUGAGCAUGUGCGAGGCCACCAUAACUUUUUAGAUGGACAUUAUUUCUAUCGGCUGAAAGGCGAAUAUCAGCAAUCGUCUUCCACGCCUCGAAGGUGGUUUCGAACACGUACAGAAGACGUGAUACCUCGAGGGCAUUACCCGGGAAACAGUUCCCGGGCGUCUAACUCUAGCCCUCGCCGAAACAAAAAGAGGCUUAUUCUGAGCCAGAGCAUGGUCAUUGAUAUUGAUCCCAACAAGCGGAGCGAUCAAGCAGAAACAGUCCUCCUUCACCACGACCUAAUACAAAAUCCGGGUACCGUAUUUCACUUCGAAAUACAAUGGAUCGGUACAACUCCUCGUUACAUUGAAGACCAACUACGUCUGUGGAGUCGUACCAUCGAAAAAUAUGGACUCAGACUUGUUGAGGCCUAUGUUGCUCAGAUAGGUGACAUUCGUAAUCGCAACGCGUUCCAAUCAUGCUUCCCCGUUCGUUUGGCCGUUGCUCCGCCUAUUUUAGCAGGGAUCCCAGACCGUUUACCAGAGGGAUCCUCCUCGACUCGGUACUUCGAAUACGCCCUGCUUCGAAAAUUUGGCUUCAUCGUCGACGUCGAAGCGGCGGAUCUUUAUCCCAACAACGUAGACGUUAUCUACUCUUACCGGCGUUCGCCCUUCAAAUAUUCGCAGUUUGUUCAUCGUACCGGAGUGGCGUUUGUGCAAUUGCUGGGUGGAUCCCAAGGAUUUUUGUUUCUAACCAAUCGAUUAAUGGGUCCAGGGCGGUUGGGCACUACUUCAAAGAGUAAGGAGCACCGCCCAGCAGUGGAUGCCGAGAGGAUCCGUGUUGAAAUGCAUGGAUUUUGUUCCAACAAGGACAUGCUUGUGAAGUUUUAUGAUGAGGAGCUGUCGAAACUAGGACAUGUCCCAGAAGAACCUCCCCCCUUGAUAAUUUAG